UAGGGACCGGGAAGGCGGGAGCCGGGGCCGGAGGCGGGGCCGCAGGCCCCGGGCGCUGAGUGCCGCGCGCUUCAGCGGGCCCUCGGGGCUGUGCGAUCUGAGUACGACGCCGUGCGGUGUCUCCCGGCGGCUCCCGGGGACCGUGACGGAGAUGCCUACAUAGAAGAGCGACAGCAGCGGGACUCAAUGUUGCAGUGCUGAACUGGUCCCUCAGGUACCCCGGCUCUGGCAAUUGCUAUGGGAGAUUGGAUGACCAUUACAGAUCCAGGUCUGUCUUCAGAAAGCAAAAAUCUCUCUCAAUAUACCUCAGAAACAAAGAUGUCUCCAUCAAGUUUAUACUCACAGCAAGUGCUAUGUUCUUCAAUACCUUUGUCAAAAAAUGUGCACAGUUUUUUCAGUGCCUUCUGCACAGAAGAGAAUAUUGAACAAAGUAUUUCAUAUCUUGAUCAGGAAUUGACUACUUUUGGUUUCCCUUCAUUAUAUGAAGAAUCCAAAGGUAAAGAGACAAAGAGAGAAUUAAAUAUAGUUGCUGUUUUAAAUUGUAUGAAUGAGCUACUUAUACUUCAGCGGAAGAACCUUCUGGCUCAGGAAAAUGUGGAAACACAAAAUCUGAAGCUGGGAAGUGACAUGGACCAUCUUCAGAACUGCUAUGCAAAACUUAAGGAACAACUGGAAACCUCCAGGAGAGAAAUGAUUGGGCUGCAGGAAAGAGACAGACAGUUACAGUGCAAGAACAGGAAUUUGCAUCAGUUGCUGAAAAAUGAGAAAGAUGAGGUACAGAAAUUACAAAAUAUUAUUGCAAGUCGAGCUACUCAAUAUAAUCAUGACAUGAAGAGGAAAGAACGUGAAUAUAAUAAACUAAAGGAACGUCUACAUCAACUUGUUAUGAACAAGAAGGAUAAAAAAAUAGCUAUGGAAGUUUUAAAUUAUGUGGGGAGAGCUGAUGGAAAAAGAGGCUCUUGGAGGACUGGUAAAAGUGAAGCAAGGAAUGAAGAUGAAAUGUAUAAAAUUCUCUUGAAUGAUUAUGAAUAUCGUCAGAAACAAAUCUUAAUGGAAAAUGCUGAACUUAAGAAGGUUCUUCAGCAAAUGAAAAAGGAAAUGAUUUCUCUUCUUUCUCCCCAAAAGCAGAAACCUAGAGAAAGGGCUGAUGAUAGCACAGGAACUGUUAUCUCUGAUGUUGAAGAAGAUCCUGGGGAACUGAGUAGGGAGAGUAUGUGGGACCUUUCCUGUGAAACCGUGAGAGAGCAGCUUACAAACAGCAUCAGAAAACAGUGGAGAAUUUUGAAAAGUCACGUAGAAAAACUUGAUAACCAAGUCUCGAAGGUGCACCUAGAAGGUUUCAAUGAUGAAGAUGUAAUCUCACGACAAGACCAUGAGGAAGAAACUGAGAAACUUGAGUUAGAAAUCCAGCAGUGUAAGGAAAUGAUUAAAACUCAACAACAACUUUUACAGCAGCAGCUUGCUACUACGUGUGACGAUGAUACCACUUCACUGCUCCGAGAUUGUUAUUUGCUGGAAGAAAAGGAGCGCCUCAAAGAAGAAUGGUCCCUAUUUAAAGAGCAGAAAAAGAAUUUUGAGAAGGAAAGACGAAGCUUUACAGAAGCCGCCAUUCGCCUAGGAUUGGAGAGAAAGGCAUUUGAAGAAGAAAGAGCUAGUUGGUUAAAGCAACAGUUCUUAAAUAUGACUACCUUUGACCACCAGAAUUCAGAAAAUGUGAGACUUUUCAGUGCCUUCUCAGGAAGUUCUGACCAGGACAAUCUUACAGCGCACUCACGGCCACGACAGAAGCCUCAUGGUGUGUCUAACGGGGCUCCAGUUUGUUCCUCUAAAUUUACCAAAUCUCUUCCUGCUUCUCCGUCGACGUCCGACUUCUGCCACACACGGCCCUGUGUGUCGGAGCACAGUAGUUCAAUCAAUGUGCUGAAUGUAACUCCUGAAGAGGCCAAACCAAAUCGGGCUGGAAGAGAGUGUGCAAGUCAGAAGUGGAGCGUGGCCUCCAGGCCUGGAUCGCAGGACGGCUGCUGCAGUGGGUGCUCCUUGACCUACACAAAUUCUCACGUAGAGAAAGAUGACUUACCUUAGGCACACGGACUGGAAUUUUUUCCAUUAACGUGUCCAUCAAAUUUCACAUCUCAAUUGAAACAGGGUGUGUCAUAAAGUCAAUCAUCUCUAAUGAUUUAAGAUUGUCUGAGUUGUUUGUUUGGACUUCCUGUUCCUCCCCCAAAGAACUAAAAUGUUGACUCUAUUUAAAAGGAUAUAAAGGUUUGGAUAUGUAUUUUUAGUAACAGAAGCAUCUGGUUCUGUGAAUAAAGGAAUGUAUAGAGGUUUGGAUGGAGACAGAAGUACUAGGGUGGGUUUCCUCUGUAGGUAUUAAAAUAGCACCUUUAGGAAACCGAUGGUUGUAAAUGUUUUAAUUUUGUCCCAUAUCUAGUUGGCAUUGAGAAUUUAGCCUUUACUUGAAUGUAUACUGUAGAUUUUUAACAAAGCAAGUUCUAUAUUUAUUAUGUUUAGUGUGAUUUGAAAUUUGCUCUUUUAUGGUUUAAAUAAAGUGAAAUUUAUGUAUGUUUUGUACAUAGAUAUACAUGAUUAUGUUAAGAAGCUUUAAGAUAUAAAAAUUUUACACAUCCAUAAUUAUAGUAUUUCAUGCCAAUAAAAUUUUUAUUAGUGGUAUUGUUUACAGGUGUAUUAGAGCCAUUGCCACAUUAUAUUUUAAGAGUUUUUUGAACCCAUUUGAGCAAUAAAUACUCAAGCUAUUCCAUGAAGCCAAGUUCUCUAGAUAAUUGACAUCCCUAGCAUACAUUUUUGAGAUUCUACAAUGUUAGAUUUUUUUAUAUAUGUAGGAUAUUAUAAUUUUUCAAAGGAGUAUUGAUUAUGGGGUAAUAGAGGUAAGACAACAAAAGUAUCUUCAAAUAAAGCAAUUUAAGAAUUUGGCUUAAGGUAUUCGGAUAACAGAAAAUAUUAAGAUAUUUAAGAUGUUUGGAUGGUGAUAUUUUCUUUACCAGAUGGGUACCCAUACCGUAACAGCUGUACCAGCUAAGGCUUUGUAUAGUUGUCAGUCAUUUUUAAAUAAGUUUUCAGUGAGGUGUUUGCCACUAAUGUUAAGAAAAUCAGACAGUGUAAAAGCACUGGAUUUCACAAUCCAGAUUCACUCUGGACAAACUGGUGUCAUGUCAUUUUCAGAACUGGUUGCAUGUUUCUUCAUGUAUGUUAUUAUGGAUAGUAAUAAUAAUAUGUGCAGACACAGGCUCUUUCCCGAAUUUUCAUCAAAAAGUUUUAAGCGCCCAGCCUUUGCGGUCUCUCUGCACAGAAGCCUGCACAGACCCUUCCUCGCUGGCUGUCGUAGUUUAGUCCCAGUGGCUGCCAGCUCAGCGGUGGCUGUUCCAUUUAAAUUGGUCAUGUUUUUAAAAAGUGUUUUUGUCACUCAUUCACUAUAUGUAGUAUAAUUCUUUGGAAUUGUGUAGCAGCAACCAUUUUUUCUGGGUUAAUAGGAUAUUACUGAGUAUCGUACAAGGUUAAUGUAACUACUCAUGAGAAAGUAACCACAUUUAUAGUCUCAAAAAAUCUAGCUUUUGAACAAGAGUAUAUUUGGCACUCACUACCUUCUGCUGGAUGCAUGGUCAUUUCUUCACCAUUUAAAAUAAUAGAAAAUGAUGCAGUUUCAGAGAUGGUUCUAUAUUCCAAAGGAAAACAGCUGGGAUAUCAUUCUUUUGCUAUUGAGCAAUAAUGUGAUCAAAGAAGAACAAUCUGGAAUUUUUAGUCAGUGAUACAUUUGUCAAGAAUUCUUUUCCCUAGGAGUUUCUGUGGUGUAUUUUGCCAGAAAUGGGCAUUAAAAUUUUACAGUAAAUCUCUUUAGGAAAUACUGUAUUCCAUGCCAUUGGAUUUCUACAAAGGAGUAUCUGUUUUUUAUUGUGUUAACAUUUCAAAAUCGGUUGAAUUCUCAUAUUGGAAAGAAAAUUCCUUGAGAAACAGUAAAAUCAAAGCCAGGCUCAUUGUCCUUUGAUAAAAGUUGGUACAGGCCUGUUGGAAGCUGUCUGUUUCACCCAACGGUACUGGCUGUGCUGUGCUGUGCUGUGCUUCCUGCCCCAGAGGGGUUCCCAGUUGUGCCCACUUCCCAGGGUGUGGGAAAACUCCUGGCUUCACAUGUAAAACUCCUAGGAUUUUGGUUUCCUUCCUUCUCUGCGUAUUUGUAACGUUCUAAAGACACAGCUGCACGGCAGCCUGACGUUUCGCCUGAUUAGAUGAUGGUACCGCAGAGUACUUCAGCCUGAAAAUCCUGAUAAUCCUGUUUCCUUGUUUAUCAAUCGAUGUGUAAUUCGGAAGCCUUUUGUACCUGAAGUUUGUUUUUACAUGGCAUAUUCCAUUUUGAAUUUUCAGAACAUAAAAGUGACAAAAUUU